GAUAUACCACGCCACUUACAUAUUGGAAUCUAUUGUUUCAUUGGGUUAUCUAUACUCGGUUACACUUUACUGAGCGCUGAGAAACCAAAGGCAACAAAGCAAGAUGGACAAUAUCCUGGCUCCGAUCCAGAACGCAUUAGAAGGUCAAAUCGACUUUCACGGCCAACAACUCGCUGAAACCCUCUCAACGAUUCUCCUAGUUAUUUCCGGCAUCGUCGCUUUCAUCGUCGGCUAUAUCCAGCAAGAUAUUUAUCUUACACUCUGGAUCGGACUUGCAGGUACCGCUAUUACAGGUUUCGUCGUUAUUCCGCCGUGGCCGUUCUAUAACCGGCAUCCGGAGAAGUGGCUCGAUUCUACAGGUAGUAACACGAAUUCGGCGAUCAAUGUGCCUGGGAUUGUUGUUGAUGGGGUAAAGGUUCGAUAAAUCUACGAGAAAGAUGGGGCAAUCAAAUGGGAAAGCAUUCUUGUACCUCGACAUUGGUAUACGAUGCAAUAUUAUCUGUUUUAGCGGUUUUAAUAUGGGACGGCGUUUUGUUUCUAUUCUCUGUGUAUUUGGA